AUGUUCCGUGCUUGUAUGCAGAAAGUGCCGGGCACAGUGUCGGACGGGCAUGUCGGUGCCGGCGUGCUUUCCGCGACGUCGUUCGGGUGGGUAGCAAAACAGAUCGACCAUCUGACAGGCGAGAAGGGUCGUCGUGGGGUGAGCAUCGAGAGCAUCGGGAUGAAGGGGCUGAAGGCUUUGCGCGACAGCAUGGUUGAGUACGUCGGCAAGGUCAUUGCCGUAAAACGCACCGCGACGCCAACUUCUCUAGCCGCCGGACCCGCCGACAAUGCCAUAGAUGACGACGUCGCGGAAGGACAGAAGGCGCCCCAAGGUGCAGUUGCCGCCCAGCAUCAUGGGAACGCGAGGGUGCAUGGGGAAGGUGGAAACGGUGGAGGAGACGACGCAGAGGCAGGUGCAGGAAGGUCGGAAACGGAGAAGUCGUCGUCGUCGUCGUCGUCGGAGUCGGAGUCGGAGUCGGAGGAGGAAGACGAGGCGGUGAAGCGUAAGGACGAGGAGGAGUAUGAGGAGGAGGAGGAGGAGAAUAAGGACGAGAAUGGUGAGAAGUGGGAGGGAGGGAAGGAUGAGGAGGGGGGGGAUGAAGAGGUGGAGUUCGUGGUGGAGUAUGUAGAGGGUACGGUUGAGGCGGGAGCGGCGGAAGAGGCGGUGGGGUCGGCAGAUCAGGGGAAUGAGGAAGAGAAGGAUGACGGCGCGGGAAAUGCUACGAGGUCGGCAGAUGUGGGGAAGGAGAAGGGCGAGGUCGGCGUGGAGGCACCUGGAAAUGGCCAAGAUGAGGCGGCCUGCAAAGGAGGUGGGAAGGUGUCGGUCGACGCCGGCGAAGGGCCGAACAACACGGGCGAGCAGGAGGCCGGGGAAGCACCUGGUCGGCAGGGCCCAGAACUGGACGACGUCGAGGUUCUGCGACGGGAAAACUGGUUGUUGCGGGCGGAGAACGCUCGGCUGGCGUCGUUGCUCGAUGCGGAGCGGUCCCGGCUGGACAGUUUUUUUGUUGGGGUCAGUCGACUCGUCGACCACGUUAAAGGGUUGGCCGAGCAGGUCGACGACACCGACAAGUAUGCCGCGGAACAGCUGCGAAACGCGACGGAGGCCAUGUCGAAGACCAUCACGGGCAACAUCUCCGGCAGCUUUGACGAAGCGUGGAAGUCGAUGAAGACUUUCACGGAACAUGCGACGGAGUGGUUGGAGGACUUCGACAAUCCGGAGGGUCGUGUCGCGUAUGCACGAGCGUUAGCGGUCUCCUCCUUGGCCGAACACGUGGAUUCGGUGGUGGGCGAUGCGAAGAAGGGGUUGGAAGAGUACAUCUCGAACCACCUUGCCUCCGCGCAGGUCAACAUCGCCACCGCUUUGACCGCCAGGCUCGCCGUGCCGCCGCCGCCACCGCCUCAUCCCACGCCGCCCGCCAUCCCAGAAGAGAUUUUGAAGUCGUUCAAGGCCGACAUCCUGAAGGCGGUGACGGAGGCCACCCAGCAGUCUUUUGUUGCUUCCGGGAUGAAGAUCAUGACAGAGAUGAUCGGCACUGUGGCUCCUGGUCGACGUGGGUCGUCGCCUUCGGCCAAUGACGCCGAUAACGCGCAAAGAAAAACGGCCGAGAAGCAGGGCCAUAAGAGGACCGGCGAUGGAGACGACAAGGGGAGCUCGAAGCGGAGCAAGGGAGCGGACGGUAGUUUCGGGUCGAAGCCUGCGCAAAAAAGCGUGGUCGACCAGCUGAAGACGAAGGCGGGGUGGAAGGUGGUAAGGACGUCGCACAGCAAGGGAGGCGGAAGCGGGGGAGUAGAGGGUGGCCCUGCCGACGGGGUUGCCGCUAACCUAGCUGCUCCGACUGGCCCGCCUUUGGUCGCCGAGCAGACCCAUCCUCAGGCGAGCGGUGGGAAAGGCGUUACCGACAAGGAGGUGCCAACUGCUCAGGCGGCGAAUGAUGGUGACUCCGGAACCACCAAGGGACCACCCGUCGCGGCGGCGGCCAAGCCUGCUUCUGCUACGGUUGCCGGCACCACCAAGUCGAGUCCCCGUAACCCCCUUGCGGCUACCAGCGCGCCUGCCGGCCAGUCAGGUGCGAACAAAGAUGGCGAGGCUGCUCCAGCUCCAGCAGCCCCGACUGCCGCCAAGGUUGUCGCGAAGGUUGCUUCGGCUAAGGGUGAUGCCAUGGCAUCAGCUAAGGCCCCCCCCGGUGGUACGGCGCUCAGAGAGAUGCUCCGCCGCAUGGAGGCACAUAGCAGGGACGUGCAGCAGCAUCCCGUGGUCGACGCCGGCCUUCCUGGAACAGCACGCCGCUCCGUCACUACGCAGGUUGCCGGCAAGUCGUCCGGUGCCCCACCUGCCGCGCCUCCGGUGGCCGCCCCACCGCCUGCGGACCCCAAGUCCGAUUUUCUUCGCGCCCAUUUAGGCGCACGCAAAGCAACUGCUCCGUCAGUGACCCUGCCGGAACUCGGCAAAAGCGCGACGCCGAUGUCGGUAAACGCGACCGCACCCACACCAGGUGCAUCUGUGGUCGAUGUGGCGGCGGAGAAGGGAGUGAGUGCAGCGCUCGCCACCGGCGGCCGCGCAGACAAGCAUGCCGACCUCGCUGUCGUCAUGGCCCAUUUUGAGGCAGCAAAGCGCCCCGAGCACGCCCCUGUUAUGGCCAUCAUGGACACGGCGCAUGUGGUGCCGUCGGCGACCCACAGAGGGGGUUCGACGGAGCAGACGGCCGCAACGGCUGCUGUCGCCGAGAUAAAUGCUGGACGGAAGGAAAAGGACGACAAAGGGAAAGGGAAGGCGAUCUCUCAGAGGAGCACGCGGGCGAUGACUGCGGGGAAGUUGACGUCGGAAGAGAAAGGAAAGAAGGUGGAAGGGGAGAAGGACAAGACGGGCGGCAAGGACAAGGCUGGCGACGGGCAAGGGUGGGUGGGCGAAAUUAAGGUACACGGACAGAAUCGGUACAUCGGCAAGUCGAGGGAGAAGAUGGAGCUGGCCUACGAGCACGCGAUUGCGUUCGUCGUCUACGACGGCUACGUGAGCAAGGUGCUCAUGAAGGAGCUCACCGUCUUGAACCCGGGGGAGUUGGAUAAAUGGAAGGAGGUGUGGGCGGAGGUGAAGUUGUUGCCCACUGGGAUGUGGACGGUGAUGUGGGCCAGAGGCUUGUGCCAUCCGAGAGCAAGGUUCGACGAUAUACUCGCCAGGUACCGUGGGUACGCGAGUUCGGGUGUUGCGCUUCAUGACGUGCUCUGGCCGGUGAUCUGGUUCCCCAUCAUCGAGGACACGGAGGAAGGCAAGGAAGAGACGAACGCUCUCAUGUCGGCGAUGGUAAAUCGCGUGUCGAUGUGCGCGGCGUAUGGGAAGGUCGCGGCGAGCGCGGCGUUUGGGAAGGUCGAUGCGAGCGUGGAGGGGAAGGCGGACGAGAAGAUGGAGAUGGGGGCCCAGGCGUUAGCGGCAUCGGCAUGCGCCAUCUGGUGCCUCUUGGAGACGGGGGCGUCGGUGCUCGGUGCUGUGGGCGAAGGGAAGGCGGCGGCGAUGGUGGCAGGUGCGGGGGAGGCGAGGGCCAAGGACUUCAAGGAGGUGAUGCACGCGGUGAUCGACAUAGCACGCAGCAGGCAGGCUCCCGCUGGGGAGGUUGCACAUAACGUCGCGCCAUCGCUGCAGAGCCAGGCAGUUGCUAGGGCCUUCGCGAAGGGAGUUGAGGAAGUCGAGGCCGACAUGAUCGCAAGAGCGACGGUCGAGACCUUGGCGUUCUGGGGAAUGUGCCCCGUCGCCGGGCCCAAGCUCAAAGCGCAGGGCAUCGAUGUGCCGUGUGACGCGAGGAUGGAGUACGAUAUGGAUCACAGGGGGAGGAAGGGGGAGAAGGUCAAGCAGAGCAAGGGCAGCAGCAAGAGGAAGAAUAGCAAGCAGGGCAUGGGCAGUACGGAUGCGUAG